UUGACAUUUCACUGUUUCUGCCAUUGUAAAAUGGAUUCAAGCACGGGGUGUUGAUUAAUUAAUUUAUCUUUUUUCCUUAAUUUAGACUUUAUAAGAAAUUUUUAUUUCAAAAUGAGCGUUUUUAAAUCUGCAAUGGGGUACUUCAGCUCAAGUGGCGCAAACGGUGGUAGUGAAAAUGAUUUUGUUGGUCAAUUUGUCGAAAUCGGUAACAUGAAAUUGAGAGUAAAAAAGGUGAUUGCAGAAGGUGGUUUUGCAUUUGUGUUUGUUGCGCAAGAUGUAACUACUGGCACUGAAUAUGCCUUAAAGAGAUUAAUGGCUGCUGAUGAACAAGCAAACAAGAACAUCAUCCAAGAGAUCAGUAUUCUAAAGAAGCUGUCAGGUCAUCCAAAUAUAAUUAAAUACAUAGCUGCAUCGUUUAUUGAUAAAACAAAAACCUCUCAUGGGAUGGGAGAGUACCUUCUGCUGACUGAUCUUUGCAGCGGUGGAAGUCUGAUGGAGGCCUUACAGAAUAGAGGGCAGGCAUUCCCUCUACCAACAAUACUUAGAGUAUUUUAUCAAACCUGUAGAGCAGUUCAGCACAUGCACGCACAAGUCCCACCUAUUGCGCAUCGUGAUCUUAAAUUAGAAAAUUUUCUAAUAUCCAAUGAAGGAACAAUGAAGUUGUGUGAUUUCGGGUCUGCCACAACUGAUGUGUACUCGCCUAAUCCAUCAUGGAGUGCUAACCAAAGAAAUAUGUUGGAAGAAAAUUUGGCCUUAUUCACUACGCCUAUGUACCGUGCUCCAGAGAUGUUAGACACCUGGGAUAACCGGAAAAUAGACCACAGCGUCGAUAUGUGGGCUUUGGGGUGCAUAUUAUACACCUUGUGUUACAUGCAACACCCCUUCGAAGAUUCCGCUAAGCUGGCAAUACUUAAUGGAAAUUACAAUUUGAACCCUAACGAUCAACGUUACAAAUGUUUUCAUGAAAUCAUAAGUGGAUGUCUAACAGUGAAUCCCGCUGACAGGAUGACGAUAACCAAUGUGUUGGAGCGGCUGGCUGCGAUAGCGGAAACUCAGAAUGUCAAUCUCAAGCAACCACUGAAAUUUGAGCGUAAAAAAGUUGAACAAUCUGUGGCCACUAGCUCGCCAGCGAACAGAGAUCCUGUAUCAAACAGCCAGGAAGCACCGAAUUCCAGGCCCCCGGAGCCCAGCCGCCCCCCGCCCCCCGCGCGGCCCCCGGCAGCGCCCUACCACCAGCCGCCGCUGCCGCAACCGCCCGUGAAUUCUGGAGGACUCUUUUCCUCGAUAAAAGGAGGAGCGGGAAGCUUCUUGAAGAAUUUGAAAGACACUUCAUCGAAGGUUAUGCAAACUGUACAACAGUCUAUUGCGAGAACCGAUUUAGACAUAAGCUACAUUACCAGUCGUGUUAUUGUAAUGCCAUAUCCUUCUGAAGGCCUCGAGAGUGCAUAUAAGACUAAUCACAUCGAUGAUGUUAGGGCAUUUCUGGAGAGUCGUCACCCUGGCGGGAAGUACUGCGUGUACAACGCGUGUCGCGGCGGCCGCCUCACGUUCGGGCGCCACGUGCUCGUGACGGACGCGUGCCGCGCGCUGUGGCCCACGGGCGCGCACCGAGCCCCGCUGUUGGCGCCCUACUACGCGCUGCUGCAGCACAUGUACCAGUAUCUAGCCAAGGACGACCGUAACGCCAUCGUUAUUACGUGUCAAGACGGCAAACAGAUGUCGUGCAUGUUGGUGUGCGGACUGCUGCUGUACUCGAAACUGGUGACCGUGCCGGAGGAUGCGCUGCAGAUAUUCGCGGUCAAGAGAUCCCCCAUCAACAUGCUGCCUAGUCAACUCAGAUACUUAUAUAUGCUUAGUAAUAUCAUAAGACCAGAUCCCAUACUUCCUCACUUCAAGCCGGUGUCGUUAAUAUCUAUGACGAUACAGCCAGUUCCGCUGUUUACAAAAGCAAGGGACGGAUGUCGACCGUACAUUGAGAUAUACAAUGAAGAUCGUCUUGUUUUAUCAACUCUACAAGAUUACGAUAGAUUGCAUCUCUAUGGAAUAGCCGAGGGAAAGGUAACGUUACCGUUGGACAGCACGGUGACUGGCGACGUGUGCAUUUGUGUGCUACACGCGAGACAGCAGCUCGGCCGAGUGCUGGCCGUGCCCGUACUGUCCCUGCACUUCCACACCGGCGCCCUCUCGUACGAUCAGCACGCUAUUAAAUUUACAAGAUCCGAAAUAGACGGUAUCGAUGAAACGGUCCCAGUGAACGAUCAUUUUUCGGCGAACACGUCCGUUAUCAUAAGUCUCGUGGUACAAAACGGCGAGAGGAGGAAACCUCGCAGCGACCUCUGGGAAGACGACCCGUCGUUUCCGGUUCGCACUCCGGACGUACUGUUCUCUACUACAUUAGAGAGGGACGAAACUAUCGAUAACUUUGCCAAUCUUCGAAAGGGCACAGCGUCCGUACCGAUAGCAAUAACCGCAGACUACCCUCCAAGAGAGGUAGAGAAGCCCAGGCCAUCCCGUCCCGCCCCUCCCUCUCCGCAGCCCCCGCAGCGGCCCCCUCCCCCGCGGCCGCUCCCCGCAGAGCCACAGGAGAACACAGCAGACUUCUUGAACUUAAACACGAACCAAACUCGUCAAUCGGAAGAGAAAACCGAGAAGAAAUUGAAGAACGAAGAUUCUUUCGACUUUUUUGGGAUGAUGGAGAAAGAGACUGAUGAUACAUUUUGUGAUUUCCUCAGCAACAACGCGGAGAAAGCGCAACAGCAGUUCGCAUCGGAAUCGAUAUUCGGCGACCUCCCCGCCCCUCCCUGUGAUAACACGGAAGCAAAACUCAACGUGAACUCCAGCGACCCACUGAACUUUGACCCCUUCGGAUUGAACGAUCCGCUGCCGAAACAGGAACCUUUGCUCACACCACAACUCAUUCAAGAAGACGGAGGUCGUCCACCAAACAUCCAACCGGAGGCCCCACAAGCGAGCCGAAAGGAUCCGUUCGAGCAGCUCGGCGACGUGCUGGAGGCGAUGACGUCACAGAGCGGCACCCCCCGCGUGUCGCCCGCGCCCACCCCCGCCCCCACCCCCGCCCCCACCCCCGCGCACCGCGCGCACACGCCCCUGGCCAACUCGCCCGCCCACCAGCCUGACUACAGCCGGACACACUUUGAAACGGCAAAGACUCCGGGCGAAGAGAAGACUAAGAAAUCAGCGGACGUGUUCGGCGACCUGCUGGGCAGCCAGGGGUACGAGUUCGCGAGCAAACGCGACACCGGACCCAAGACUAUGAACGCCAUGAGGAAAGUCGAGAUGGCGCAAACCAUGGACCCGGAGAAACUCAAGAUCUAUGAAUGGACGGAGGGGAAGAAGGCCAACAUCCGCGCCCUCCUGUGCUCGCUGCACACGGUGGUGUGGGAGGACUGCCGCUGGAGCCGCUGCGAGAUGUCGCAGCUCGUCUCCCCCGCCGACGUCAAACGGAACUACAGGAAAGCGUGUCUAGCCGUGCACCCUGAUAAACAAGUGGGAACAUCGAACGAGAACAUAGCUAAAAUGAUAUUUAUGGAACUGAACAAUGCGUGGAGCGAUUUCGAAAACGACACUAAACAACAGAACCUAUUCCAAUCUUAAAAAUAUAGACAAUAUCAUAUUAUUUAUUGUUUUUAUCAAAUUUAGAUGAUAUGUUAUGAUAUGUAUGUAGAGCACAUUAAAGAGUAAUUGAAUUUUAUGUUGAAUGUAUGUAUCAUAUGCUUUUAAUCUGUAUAUUUUGUCCUGAAAAACACUUAAUUAUCUAUGUUGAUUACAGUAUUUCUCUAUGCUGAUAUCCAGAAAAAAUGUUAUUCUUAAAUGAGUAUUUUUAUCAUUUUUAUCAUUUAUUUAAAUCAAUGUGGGAUAUUAGUGAAACAAUUUUCCAUUUGUUUUAUAUAUAGAUUAGUGUCUGAUUGUGUGUUUUGUUGUCUUAUCUGAAAUGAUCUGCUUAUUUGUAAGGUUCUCUUGCAGGCUGGUUAAUUUCUAGAUUAUCAAUCGUUUGUGUUCUUAAGCUGGGGGCGAGCCUGUCGGCGUUGGAACUAAGUCGUGUACGUACCACGCCAGUAUAGGCUUAAUUAAAUUGUCUUAAAUAUUUGUUUGGAGCCAAAUUAUUAAUCCCGAUAACCUAAAAAAAAAGCUAGAGUGAUAGAAAAAGUGGUGAAAAUAACUAAUAAAAAAAUAACCUAAAACUCACGAUCAUAUCGACCGGAACAGUCGCUAGCUUGGGAUUUACAGAAUUUGUACUACAAAUGUCAAAAUUCAAACUCAGUGGGCAAGUUAAACAAAAUUAUAUCUUUUUUACAUUCGAUGUUAGUUAUGAUUUUAUUGAAUAAUUUACAAGAAUCAAUAGUAUUUAUGGUAGGCGCUUUUUCGGCAGUAAAGGCAAUUUCGCUUAACUUUAUUCGUGAAGAAAUUAAGAAUAUUUAGUCAUAAAAUGGCAAUUUUUUUGUUGUCCAAAACUUAUUGCAAAAUGAAAGAUUUUUAUUUGUACUUAGAAGUAAUAGUAUUCAUUUUAGUUUUAAUAUUUUAAGCAAUCAAUUAUAUUUAUGUAUAUUGGAUUAAUGGGUAAAUAGCUUGUCGGUUUAAAAGGCCUGUUCCAAUUAAUAUUUUAAAAAAAUAUCUUUCAAUAUAAGCAAAUUUAGUAUAUUCGUGCUUCUGAAGAAUAAUCAAAAUUCAAGAAAUCUCUAAGUAAUCGAAUCGAAACAGGCAAAUUUUAAACUUAGCUGUUGUUCAUAAAGUUUUCCUUCAAUAGUUACUUAAUAGUUUGUAAGUGAUGAGUACUUCUGUGCCGGAUCGCAGAACUGUGUAGAUCGUGGAUGCAAUAAUAUAGAAGAUAAUCAAUAUUAGUGCCAUAGUUCAUAUUCUCCGAUCAAUAGUCUUUGAUAAAUACAUUACUAGAUUAAUUACUGGCGGUAGGACCUCUUGGGAGUCCGCGCGGGUGGGUAUCACCACCCUGCCUAUUUCUGCCGUGAAGCAGUUAUGCGUUUCGGUUUCAAGGGUGGGGCAGCCGUUGUAACUAUACUGAGACUUUAGAACUUAUCUCAAAGAGUGGGUGGCGCAUUUACGUUGUAGAUGUCUAUGGGCUACAGUAACCACUUAACACCAGGUGGGCUGUGAGCUCGUCCACCCAUCUAAGCAAUAUCUCGAAUCAGCAGUGUCCUUAGUGCGAGUUUCUUAACGUUCUCGAUAACGUAAAAGUUAAUUUUGUAUGCAGUUGGAACAGCGCCCCUAGCGGCAAACGUACGCAAACCAUCCCAUUCCAUACAAAUAUGAGCUAACUUUUACGCUAUCGAGAACGUUCAAUAACUCGCACUAAGUACACAGAACGAAAGUUUAUAAUUGAAGUAUAAUUCCGAAAAUGAAAGUACAUAUAACUAUGCUGAGAGCUGCAAAGUAAAUAAAAGCUCAUUGAUAAUUUCAAAAUAAAUCGAUAAAAAUUAUCCGCGUUUCUUUUUGAGUAACAAAACGCUGAGAAAAGUUAUCUGAAUAUAAAAAUAUUCUAUAAACCUUAUUUCUUUGCGGUGAGACCGAUUUUAAACAAUUUAUGAGUAAUAUGGUUUCAGUUCUCGAAAGCAUGGGAGUAUCCAUUGUAGCUAAUAGAUAAAUUUAAAUUACCAUAAUUAAUAUUAUAAUCGAUACUUACCUAUUUAAUGUACCACGUUAAAACUUGUUUUCAUAAUAUAGUAAACAAUGUUAAUAAUAAUUCAUAGUUGUCACUUUGUGUAAUAAAUACUAAGGUAAUCUGUUUCUUCCGGCUUUAGGAUAUUAUAGUACUUUAUUUUGUAGAAAAAUUAAAAAAAGUAUUAAAAAAUUCGGUAUAUUUGAUUCAAAGUUCUAGUAUCAUAAUAAAAAUAUUUUCGAUUUACGUUUUAAGCGCUGCUAUAGCAUUCUCUUACUUUGCAGAAAUAUGUAAUUAAACUAAAAAAAUAAUGAAGUCAUUGUGAUUUAAAAUAAUAUACAGUAGCGGUCUGGUGUUACUAGAUUUUAAAAGUUGUAGAUUUAAUGAGCUUAUGAUUAAUGUUAAGUUUGUACAUUCCUAAUUUAAUUAGAUUUAAUUGAACAGUGUACCGUUACAGUUGUGUCGACUUUAAAAAGUUUUUUUUGUAAACGAAUGUUAAUUUUAACUGUUUUUAUUGAAUUUCAUGUAAGCAACAUGCUUAAUAAUGCGAACCUGUUGUUUUAAGAUAAUUUUCUGAAUGAAGUAACAACUAUUUUGUUUAUGAUAGCAUUAUUUUAUUUACCGAAUCAAAAUUUAACUUUAACUUGAAAUAUUUUGGCUGUUCAUAUAAAAAGCAGACGUUUCUUGUUUUAUACUCUCGUUAAUGGGAAUAUACCUAUAACUAAUUUACUUUGAAUUUUUGGCACCGGUAUAAUUGUUGAAAGUGGAGUGGCUUACUCUUAGUAAAAUGUAAGUUGUUCGCAAGACUAGAGAUAUUUCAAGGUUAAACAUUUUUCAUCACUAAAAUCGUAUUUAUCAAAAAUAAUUCGAUUUAAAUAGAACUUGUUGGAUUUAUAUAAUUAUAUCAGUAAGGCAUGUUCAAAUAGAAAUAUUAAUGAUGUGUAUAAUUGUUCCUUUACUUACGAUUUACUUUGACAAUGUUGUUCUAAGCGCUAUAUGAAUAUAAUUAUGAGCCAUUGAUAUUGCUGCUGUCUUAAUAAUUUCGCUUUACUGUAGAUUUUUAUUUUGUUAAAAUGCCCUGGGUACAUUAAAACAAUCAAUUAUUAAAGAAA